AUGAAUUUUACAAAAAUUGAUAUAUUUUCAUAACCAUUUUUUUUUCAUUUAGAUAAUAAGCGAUAAGAAAAGAAAGGUUCAAUUAUAGGAGCUCUGCUAACAUUAACAAUUUUCAUAGUUACGCUAACUUACUUUGCAUAUCUUACAAAACAAUACUUAACUAACUAAAUAAACCCUAAAUACAGAUCCCAAAGUUUCAUAAGCGAAGAUAACAUAGAAAUAGAUUUGCGUGAAGAUUUAAUUGCAUUCAGAUACGAAUAUGAUACAAAUAAGAUUAUAGAUUUGAUAUAAAAUUAGUAAAAUAAGACUUAUGUUGUGAAUUAUGCUCUUUUCAACUACUAAAAUGGAUUGGAUAAUGAAAUAAUAUAACUUGAAAUAGUUAAGUGUUCUAUCCCAGAAUUAGAGGGUUAUAAUUGCUUAAACUUUUCUAAUAUGAAAAACAAAACAAUAGUUUUAAAUACAAGAUAAAGGAUUUUCACCUAAAUUAUUAUAAGGACUUAUAACUGCUACUAAACUGAUUAAAUAAAAAAAACUAUUCCAGAUAACUGUGCUGAUUAAAAUGACAUUUCUUAAUUGAUUAGUGGAAGUAGAGCUGGCUUUCGAAUUAAACUUUUUGCUUCUUAAUAUAAUAUAAGCUCUUAGUAAAAUUAAGUAAGUUAUAGAAAUUAGUUUAUUUUCUUAAAUCCAAAAUAAACCUUAUUAACAACAAUUAGUGCUUAAAAAUAAGUUACUACUGUUAACAAAGGAUUUUUAAUUCAAGUUGAAUCAAAAUAUUCAUUUCCUAUUUAGUUCAACUAAUAAAAUUAAUCAUACGAGUUAGAUAAUAAACCAUUAAGUUAAGUAUCGUAUUAAGUAGAUGAAGUUAUUUAAUAUAUUGAAAUACAGUUUCCAACUUUUCCAGAAAUCUUAGCACUUGUAAACAGCACUUUAGCUUUAUUAAUGACUAUAGGCUUUUUUGGAAGAAAAAUAGCAUAAAAUGCUAUUAAAAGAGAUUUUUUCUUUCUCUUUUUGCAAACAAUAUAUAAAGAUACAUACGAAUAAAUAUUGUAGAUAAAUAAACUUUUCGAUUAAAAAAAAGUGGCCUACUUAAAAAAACGGAUUAGUAAAUACGAAAUAGCUGAAGAAAACGAAGAUAAAAUUCUAACAAAUUUUGCAUUAAUCAGAUCUCAAUCACCAAAAAAAUUAUCCUUCCUUGAUUCAAAUCAAUUUAUGCAAUAAAGUAGAAUUUUAUUAAGCUAGGAAGGAUUUUAAGAUACACUAUAAAGCCAGAGUAAAGAAGUUGAAAAAGUUAAAAUUCCAAAACCAAUACUAAACAUAGAAUCAAGUCCUUAGUAAUCAAAAAAUUCUUUUAGAUUAGAUUCCUUUGCGUUUUCAUAAAAAAAUCAAAGUAGAAGUCCAAAAAUGAAUAGUUAAAAAAUCCCUUUUUAAAAUCAAAAUCUGAAAAGCAGUGAUUCUAUUUAGGUUAUUAAAACAAGAAGAUAUAGUAACUGCAACAAUUAAAAAAUUAAUCUUACUAAUUAAGUGAGUAAUUAAAUAUAAAAAAAUAACGAAAGCCAAAGCCAAAUAAUAAAUUAGACUACUAAAGAAGAAGUUUAAAAUUAUUACAUUUAAAAAAUUAAAACCUUCUCAGACAUGAAAGUAAUCUAAAACACAAAAAAAUUAAUAUUCAAAAAAAGCUUUUGGAAAAAGGAAGCUCAUUCUAAAUUUGAUGAUAUUAAUGAAUAAACUAAAAAAUUAAUUGAAUAACAAGUUAGCAGAAGCUUAAAUAUUUUAGAAUUUUAUAAAGAUAUUAUUUUUUUGAAAAAAGCUAUUAUGGUACUUUUAAGCAAAGAACAGCUGGCUGCUAUCAAUCUAAUAGGUUGCUCUCCAAAAACUUUUGAUAAAAAAUUGAAUAUUUAUUAAAAAACUAACAACUAUUUCCAGAAGCAGAUGGAAAUUUACUCAUCUGAAAAACUUUAAUGCAAAUACACUAAAAAUUUCAUUUAAAUUUGCCUUAAUAGCUAAAAUUUAGAAAAGGUAGACUAUAGGAUAAUUUCCUCAAUUAUUAAGGAAAUAUAGAAUUGA